AGCCACUGGUCCUCCGGCCUCUGUGAGCUCCGUGAAAGCCCAACCAGGGCUGGAGGCCAAGAGCCCAACGGAAAUUCAGACCCUGAAGCUUUCCGUCAAAUCCCACCCCUCUUCGCCCCUCUGCUCUUCUGCUGGGACGGCUUUCCACGCCUCCCGUCUGCUGGUCCUGAUGUCGGUCAGCGGGUCUGCCUACGACUAUGCCCAGAUCCACAACGAGAGCGAGCUGCUCUACUUCUUCAACCACUCGCUGUCCCGCUGCCACCUGGAGCUCAGUGAGAACACCAAGCGCGUGGUCCUCUUUGUCCUCUACCUCGCCAUCUUUGUGGUCGGGCUGGUGGAAAACCUCCUGGUCAUCUGUGUCAACUGGCGGUGCUGCGGCCGGACGGGGCUGCUGAACCUCUACCUCCUCAACCUGGCUGUCUCGGACCUGGGCAUCGUCCUGUCCCUGCCCGUGUGGAUGCUGGAGGUGACGCUGGACUACAUCUGGCUCUGGGGCAGCUUCUCCUGCCGCUUCGUCCACUACUUCUACUUCGCCAACAUGUACAGCAGCAUCUUCUUCCUGGGGUGCCUCAGCGUGGACCGCUACCUCAUCCUCACCAACGCCUGGCCUUCCUGGCAGCGCCACCAGCACCGAGCGCGGCGGGCCUUGUGCGCAGGUGUGUGGGUCCUCUCGGCCCUCAUCCCGCUGCCCGAAGUGGUCCACAUGGAGCUGGUGGAAGGCCCCGAACCCAUGUGCCUAUUCAUGGCACCCUUUGAGAGUUAUGACGAGUGGGCCCUGGCGGUGGCUCUGCUGACCACCAUCCUGGGCUUCCUCCUACCCCUUCUUCUCAUUGCUGUCCUCAACGUGCUGACGGCCCGCCAGCUGCGGCGCGCAGUGCAGCCGGAGCGCGGGCGCCACUGCCGGCUGAUGGGCGCCUACGUAGCCGUCUUCAUCAUCUGUUGGCUGCCCUACCAUUUGACCCUGCUGCUGCUCACACUACAAGGGACCCACAUCUCCCUCCACUGCCACCUGAUCCACCUGCUCUACUUCUUCAACGACGUGGCCAAGUGUUUCUCCAUGCUCCACUGCGCCAUCAACCCCGUCCUUUACAACUUCCUCAGCCCAGGCUUCCGGGGCCGGCUGCUGAACGCUGUGGUCCACUACCUUCCCAAGGACCAGGCCAAGACAGGUGGCCCGGCUUCCGCCUCCUCCUCCUCCACUCAGCACUCCAUUGUCAUCACUAAGGAGGGUGCGCAGCGCCCCCACACUGCACCCUCUCAAAUCUGAACGUGCACACAACCUCGUUGCUUCCAACGAUCUGGCCCGCCAUCUCUACUGUACAGCUGAGCCCCAGGUGGAGGUGAGGGGGGGCUGAGGAGCAGAUCGGAGCACUCAUGGCUUUGUGGAUGCAUCUUCAAAUACUGCAGUGGGGCCAGGGAGAAGAGAAGAGGAGGAGUAGAAAGCAGGCCUGGGUGUUGUGCUGUUUGUCAAGGUCCUUGUG